AUGCUUAUCGAAAUAUUGUUGAUUCUACUUACCAAUUUAAUUUUCUACACGUUUUACAUCAACUACCGUUCGACAUCCCUCUUUGGUAUAUAUACUAAAAUUAAUUCGAAAAAUGAUACCGUUUCGGUACCUUUACCUGGACCAUUUAUAUUGCCUUUGAUCGGCAAUGCCCAUCAAAUAAAAUUACCGAUUCACAAACAUUUUUCAAAAUUAUCUGAAAAAUACGGUCCAAUCUAUAAACUUCAAAUGGGAAUUAAAACUUGGGUGAUCAUCAAUGAUGCCAGAAUCGUAAAAGAUUUAUACGUGACCAAAGGAGCCAUCUAUAAUUCUAGACCGAAUACGAAAAUACUUGGACAAAUUUAUGUGAGAGGAGGCAAGAAUGCUGUUCUUUGUCCCUAUGGAGAAUAUUGGAGGGCACAGCGCGCACUUUCACAAGCGGGGCUACGACUUCAAGUUGUUGAUAAUCAUUACUUUCCCAUUAUGCGUAAAAUGACUGAUGAAAUGAUCAAAAAAUUGUUGUCAUAUAAUGAAGAGGCCAUCAAUCCAUCGCAUGAUAUUUAUUAUUAUUUGGUAAGAAUAUUGGCAUUAUGCGUAUUUGGAUAUGGUUCAAAAGGAUUGGGUGAUAGUCUAAUUGAAAAAUACGUAGAUAUUGUUAAAGAAUCAAUCGUUUUAUUGGAUCCUAAAGCAUCAAUCGUCGAUUGUUUUCCCUGGACGGAAUGUUUACCUUUUAACCAAAGAUUUAUUAAGUAUGCAACGGAAGCAAGGGCACGUGUUGACAAAGUUUCUGAAGAGCUUUUAAUUGAUUUACAAAAGAGAAUGAAUGAACCUGGUGGAGAAAAUAUUAAUUGUUUUGCCGCUCAAACUUUAAGAUCUGUUAAAUUUGUUGAUAUAAACCCUUCCCCUUUCGUUCAAGACUGUGGAAAGAAAGAUAAAGAGGACGGACUAUAUCCGAUGGAUAUUUAUGAUUUUAAUUAUCUUAAUAGCUCUUUUAUGAUCGGUGGUACUUCUACUAGCAUCACCGCCACAAGAUUUCUUAUUGCUUACUUGGCACAACAUCAAAAUGUACAAAGAAAAGUUCAGGAAGAGUUGGAUAGGGUUGUAGGUAAAGGAAACUUGGCUACUACAAACCAUUUGGAUGAUCUUCAAUAUCUACAAGCUACUUUUAAAGAAGUUUUGAGAUUAAAUCCACCAUUUGUAUCAGUUUUACCACAUGCUUCCACUGAAGAUGAUAUUUAUAAAGGUUACUUUAUACCAAAAGAUUCGACAAUUUUGGUUAAUCUCAUGGGGAUUAGUCGUAGCCCAGAAUUCUUUUCUGAUCCUGAUGCUUUUAUACCAGAACGUCAUCUAGACGAAAUUGGAAUCCUAAGAAAAUAUGAUUUAUGUGAUAUAACGUUUGGUAAAGGUCGUAGAAUGUGCAUAGGAAGAGAUUUAGCAGAAAGAAAUAUUCUAGUUAUUAUUUCUUCGAUUUUAACUUUAUUUAAUAUCGAAUGUGAGAUUGAUGAUAAAACCGGGAAAAAAAUUGAAAUAGAUUUAGAACCAAUUGAAAAUGGAUUUGAAUUUAUACCAAAAGAGUAUAACCAAACAACCACCAGAGCAAGAAAUAUUGAAUGCGAAAAUACCUUUGGACUUCAUAACCCAAGACAAGUUUACGCCACAUUAACACUAAAUCACGUACCAGAAGUUAUCGUCUAUAUGCACGAAUAUGAUUUUAGAUUAAUUGAAAUGCUAAUUAGGUUUUUUAUCACUUUAAUUUUCUACACAUUGUAUAUCAACUAUCAUUCGACAUCCUCCUUUAAAAAUUCUAAAACUGAUGCGAAUGUUUCAGUACCUUUACCUGGUCCAUUUAUGUUACCUAUAAUCGGUAAUGCUCAUCAAAUAAAGCUUCCGAUUCACAAACAUUUUACAAAAUUAUCUGAAAAAUAUGGUCCAAUUUAUAAACUUCAAAUGGGAAUAAAAACUUGGGUUAUUGUCAACGAUGCUAAAAUCCUAAAAGAUUUAUACGUGUCAAAAGGGGCCGUUUAUAAUUCUAGAGAGAAUACGAAAAUACUUGCACAAACUUAUGUGAGAGGUGGCAAGAAUAAUAUCUUUUGUCCCUAUGGAGAAUAUUGGAGGGCACAGCGCGCACUUUCACAAGCGGGGCUACGACUUCAAGUUAUUGAUAAUCAUUACUUUCCCAUUAUGCGUAAAAUGACUGAUGAAAUGAUCAAAAAAUUGUUGUCAUAUAAUGAAGAGGCCAUCAAUCCAACGCAUGAUAUUUAUUAUUACUUGAUAAGAAUUUUGGCAAUAAGUAUAUUCGGAUAUAGUUCAAAAGAACUGGGUGAUAAUUUAAUUGAAAGAUACGUAGAUAUCGCUAAAAGAACAUUUGUUCUAUUUGAUCCUAAAACAUCAAUCGUUGAUUGUUUUCCCUGGACGGAAUGCUUACCCUUUAACCAAAGAUAUAUUAAAUAUGCAACGGAAGCAAGAGCGCUUGUUGACAAAGUUUCUGAAGAGCUUUUAAAUGAUUUACAAAAGAGAAUGAAUGAACCUGGUGGAGAAAAUAUUAAUUGUUUUGCCGCUCAAACUUUAAGAUCUGUUAAAUUUGUUGAUAUAAACCCUUCCCCUUUCGUUCAAGACUGUGGAAAGAAAGAUAAAGAGGACGGACUAUAUCCGAUGGAUAUUUAUGAUUUUAAUUAUCUUAAUAGCUCUUUUAUGAUCGGUGGUACUUCUACUAGCAUCACCGCCACAAGAUUUCUUAUUGCUUACUUGGCACAACAUCAAAAUGUACAAAGAAAAGUUCAGGAAGAGUUGGAUAGGGUUGUAGGUAAAGGAAACUUGGCUACUACAAACCAUUUGGAUGAUCUUCAAUAUCUACAAGCUACUCUUAAGGAAGUUUUGAGAUUAAAUCCGCCAUUUACAUCAAUUGUUCCACAUUCUUCCACGAAAGAUGAUAUCUACAAAGGUUACUUUAUACCAAAAGAUUCGACAAUUUUGGUUAAUCUCAUGGGGAUUUAUCGUAACCCAGAAUUCUUUUCCGAUCCUGAUGCUUUUAUACCAGAACGUCAUUUAGACGAAAAUGGAAUCCUAAGAAAAAGUGAUUUACAUGAUCUA